CUUUUUAUUUUUUAUUUAUAAAGUUGUUCUGUAUUUACUUUCCAGAAAUGGUUUUCACUGUAUAGUAGCAAUCAUAGUUCUAAAUCGUUACCAUGUCUGGGUAUCUCCGAAUAUUUUAUAAUGUUUUAACCGGCGCUGAAGACCUCAAGAAGCAAAUAGAUUUAAUGGCUGGCGUUUUGAUCGGCGUUUCACCGAUUAUACAUCUUAUAAUUGUGUCCGGUAUUAAUGCUCCUUAUGGAAGAUAUACCUCUUCAAGUUGGGGACUUCCUAUCAAUUCCAAGCUUGCUUGGUUUUUGCAGGAACUGCCAGCAUUUUUAAUUCCAGUGUUUUCUUACUUCACCAUGACGUCAUCCAACGUUUCCACGCCAGCCUUGAUAUUGUUGUCUGUAUUUCUUCUACAUUAUUUCAAUCGAACUUUUAUCUAUUCACAAAAAAUCCGGGGUGGAAAACCGACCCCCAUCCUUAUUUUCCUUAUGGCGAUGUUUUUCUGCAUUUGUAAUGGAUAUAUGCAGUCUGUGUUCUUGCUUCAAAUUUCAAAUUAUCGCGAGGAAUAUUUAUUUGAAUGGAACUUUGUUGUUGGACUGAUUUUAUUUUUCCUCGGGAUGUACAUUAACUUGGAAUGCGACUCAAUUUUAAGAAAUCUUAGGAAAGAAGGGGAAAAAGGUUAUAAAAUACCAACGGGAAACAUGUUUAAUUAUGUAACUGGUGGAAAUUUGUUCGGAGAAUCUUUAGAAUGGUGUGGUUGGGGGUUGGCGUGUUGGUCUAUCCAAGGUUUCGCGUUCGCCACUUUCGCUGUGAUGUAUUUAUCUGCAAGAAGCUAUUCUCAUCAUGUUUGGUACCUGAAAAAAUUUGAGGAUUAUCCAAAAGAUAGAAAAAUCUUUAUACCAUACAUUGUAUAAAUAAAUAUUUAAUAUUCAAAAACAUUGACGUUUUUAUCAACUAUCUUAAUGGUACGGAAGCAACUAAAAAACUUUAUUUUAAAUUAUUAUUAGCAAUAUUUUUAUUGGAAAAUACAUUUAUACUUCCUUUCUGUUUAUCAAAUUUUUGAAUUUUACAAUACAUGGCGCUGCUUAUAUUACUAUACGAGGUUCUUGGACUUAUUGCAAAUUUUAGACAAAAUAUUUUGCUGCUGCGUGUUGUGAUGUUAACAAAUGUAAUUUGUGUUGUUCAAAUCACUGUCGUAAUUUCUUUUUCGUGUUGCAUUUAAUUCUUGUGUAUUUUGUUUUGUCAUUACACUACUUUACAAAACCAAC